AUGGAUACCGAUACUGAUCUUUCGGAGAGCACUGGCCUGCGAAUGUCCUUGCGAGAACGACCUCGCAAAUUACACGCCGAACGUAGGCUAAGAAGCGACGAUCUCAGCUAUUUGGAUGACUACGAAACCGAAAAGACGUCUCGUCCUGAAAAACGAAAACUAAAGCGUAAAUUAAAUGCCAAUACCCGUUGCCUUUACGAUGAGGUAGGGCGGAUGCGUCACAACGGAAAGGAUAUUUGCGAUUGCAUGGAUGAUGACUGUCCGGGCUGUUGGUAUGAAUGUGAAAAUUGUGGUUCCACCAAGUGUGGUGUCCAGUGUCGGGUACAUCGUAAAUUCUAUUAUGAGUCGAUAUCAUUCGAUGGAAAAGAUGCCACAAUACGCAAUAAACAUUUUCCGGUUGGCAAAUAGAGAGGA